UUUCACUUCCUUGCUGGUUGGAGACUUGCAGCUACAGCCGGCUUGAGUCUCAGCAAGGAGGGGAGACUGUGAGGAACAGCAGAGCCGUCCCUCUCUGCCUCUUACCCAGAGCACCUUGGCAGGGGCUUUGUGGACGUGAGGGGUGUGAAUGGGCAGAGCAGAAUCUCUAGAAGGGAAGAUGAGCACCCAGGAUCCUUCAGAUCUGUGGAGCAGGUCGGAUGGAGAAGCGGAGCUGCUUCAGGACUUGGGGUGGUACCAUGGUAACCUCACCCGCCAUGCUGCUGAGGCACUGCUCCUCUCCAACGGAUGUGAUGGGAGCUACCUUCUUCGGGACAGCAAUGAAAGGAUUGGGCUCUACUCCCUCUCUGUGAGAGCCAAAGACUCAGUCAAACACUUUCAUGUUGAAUAUACUGGAUAUUCAUUUAAAUUUGGCUUUAAUGAAUUCUCAUCUUUGAAGGAUUUUGUCAAGCAUUUUGCAAAUCAGCCUUUGAUUGGAAGUGAGACAGGCACUCUGAUUGUUCUGAAACACCCCUAUCCCAAAAAAGUGGAAGAACCAUCCAUUUAUGAAUCCGUCCGGGUUCACACAGCAAUGCAGACGGGAAGAUCAGAAAAUGACCUGGUGCCCACUGCGCCUUCUCUGGGCACCAAAGAAGGCUACCUCACCAAACAGGGUGGUCUGGUCAAGACCUGGAAAACAAGGUGGUUUACUUUGCACAGGAAUGAACUGAAGUACUUCAAAGACCAGAUGUCACCAGAACCAAUUCGGAUCCUAGAUUUGACGGAAUGUUCAGCUGUACAAUUUGAUUAUUCACAGGAAAGGGUAAACUGCUUCUGCUUAGUAUUUCCAUUCAGGACAUUUUACCUCUGUGCAAAGACAGGAGUAGAAGCUGACGAGUGGAUCAAGAUAUUACGCUGGAAGUUGUCUCAAAUAAGAAAACAGCUCCAUCAAGGGGAUGGCACAGUCCGAUCUCGGUCGUUCAUCUUUCAGUAGACAGAUCCCCCUCAGUGAGGGAGACCCUGGACACAGGAGCAGGAUGGAAUGCUCCCAAUGCUGGGGUCCUCGGCACAUUUCACAUGAGAACUGACUGAGGGCUUUUCUGUAGAAACAAAUCAAAAGCAGAGGCAGAUUUGGACCGUCCAGAAGACACCACAUUUGCUGAUUCAGGGAAAACUGCUGCCCUUCAGGAUCCUACCAUCUCCCUGAGACUACCGAAGCGUCCUCGUUCUGACAGGAAUGGACAGACCACUGCAACCAGGCGUGCUGGCUCUUAGAACACGCAGUAGGAGAUGGUUCUGUAUUCCCUCAUUGUCGUCCCCAAGCUGGUUGACAUUGGUUACCCGGAGUCCCACCCUGCAUCAUAGUCAGCUCAUCUGAGUCUCAGACUGUGCGUUUAACCAGGAAGGAAAUGGCUAUUUAUGUAGCCUGAAGCAUAAGACUGCUUCUUCAGAAAGUAUAUUGGGGUAGCAAAUGUCCAAGAUUGGUGGGAGGGCAGUGUUUUUGUUUUUAAUUUUUUCCCUCAUUUAUACAAAAAACAAAGCAAUUUCCAAAACAAAAAUGGAAAAUAUUUGUAAUAUUUAUUUUCUCUUUGUAAACAGCUCAGAUAUCUACUGGGUCCUGUUUUCCUUCUAAUGAUAAACCCGUGAGAACUAGAUCUCCUGUGGGCUAUAAGGCAGAAUGAUAAAGAUAACAGGAGGUACAAUCUUAAAAAAUCAUCUCUUUUAGUCAUUUUGGGGGAAAUAUAGAAUUCUUAUAUUAUUAAUAUUCUUAUAUUCUCAUUCUUAUAAAGAAUGAGAAAACAAAUAGAGGAAGAAUGAGAAAGUCAUAGGUAAUUUCUAGUUUAAAUAUAAUAAUCAUGAUAAUUAUUAUUCUAACAAUAAGAGAGGACUUGUAAGCACUAAGUUCUUCAUCCCACACUUCUCAAAUAGCCUGAAAGAGACUUCUCAAGGACAGUGUGUUGUAACAGUGCCUUCCAAAAAGUGAGCAGUAGGUACUGGCCCAAGAGAAAUAAGAUGUAUCCCGCACUGCAAGGAGCAUCCUACACCUUAUUCAAGAGCAACUUCUUUUGCCUACUGAGGGAGCAACACUAAUCCACAUAUGGAGUGUAAUGCUUAGCUUUAGCAUCAGUCCUUCCAAUGAAAAUUCAGGAUUGAUUUCCUUUAGGAUUCAGCAUGGAGGAAAUCAUUCUUUGGGAUGUGUUACACAGCAUUUUCAAGCCAGAAUAAGGGGGUUGAAAUUGGGAGAUAAGAUACCAUCAUCCAGAGCUCCUAAGUAGAUUCUAACUCCUUCUAGAAUCUUUAUUAAUAAUGCUUUAAUAGGCUGAAGUUUGAAGGGAGACGAAAGUGUACGAAGAAACCAAAUAAAAAUGUUGUGGGGCAAAGCUAUGACAUUGCUCUUGCGGUCCAAAGGGCAACUUUGUUAUUGAAUACAUUUCUUCUGUUAUUUGAACAUCUCUCAAAAAUUACAUAUGUUUCAACAAGGUUUUUAAUGUAUUUUGUAAUGUUUGUAUCAUAUGAGAUAAAGCAAAUGUCAAGUUAAAAUGUAUUGUGUCAAGUUUGCAAAGAAGUUAGACAUUAAUGUUCACUGAGAUGUAGUUUCAUGUUUUGUUUUAGAUCCAGAAGUGUUUGUGUAGGUAGCAUUGUUUCUAUUUUUUGUAAAAUAUGUUAUUUAUAUCCUUUGGUUGUAUCAAAAAGAGCAUGAUUUUGCUGUGUCUGUAAUAUUUUGCUAUUAAAGUGUUUUUAGUAUCUAAUU